CAAACCAAUUCAGUAUCAAACAGUCUGUGCUCAGAGUUACCCUCCUAUUAUUUAUAUAUUUAUUUACUGGUCUGUGGUUUUUAUUUACUAAAAUUUUUGCCAAGUAAAAAGGCAGUUUUUACCAUUGUUUUAUUUCCGAAUACGUAUUCAAUCUCCGAAUAAUUAUUAUUUUAACGGAGAAUCAAGAAAUGGAAGCUGCUGCAAAUACAAACUUAGAAAAGAAGAUAGUGAAAACAUCUGCCCAGCGUCAAAAAGAGUACAGAAUGAGAAAAAAAAUCCAAAAACAACUUUCGAAUCCUAAAAAAAUACCAAAAACAAAUGCUCAAUGCCAACAACAAUACCGGGAAAAUCAAAAAAUAAAAGAACUAAGUGAAACGUUAAUUCUUGCCAGAAGACAAAAGAACGCUGAACGUUCUAAAAGGUACAGAGACAGAUUAAAAGUUAGAAAGCUUCACGCUGAACAUGAAUCAUUGCAGGAAGAUACAUUGACGACGACAUCAAUUGAAAAUGAUACAGAAACUGUCUAUUUUAAUACAAAUUGUGAACAAGUAAUUACUAGUCAGCCCCAACUCCAGGUGAACCAAAAUCAACCCAUAACGAAUUGUGAAGCUCGGCAAGUCAUACAUGAGAAGCAUGCUAUAUGUGCGAGGCCAAACACCUUGUUGCAACAUGAAACAAACAGUACCGACGCUGAAAUGCCUAAAGUUCCGUACCAAAACAUUGAGGGCCCACCCGAGCAGACACACACUGAAUAUCUCAUAAUACCCAAGAUGGAAAUCUUAGAAGACCUGGAGAUCACGUUUGAUAAAGAAUGCGAAGACAGUGACUUCAUCUUUCCAAAAGAGGAGUCCGACAGCAGAGAGAGAGACCUGUUAAAGCCAAUUAAGACUGAACUGAUCUUGAGCAAAGACAUAGUCCAGGUGCGACAGCAACAAGUCUUAACUGAACACACAGAAAUAAUACAGAAUCGACAUUUAUCUAUACAGCAUAAUGACACAAAGAUAAAAUUGGAACCGGAUGAUGCCAGUUUCUCCGGAGACCAUGUGACACCUGAUAUCGCCAUGCCAAAGAGAAUAGCAAAACGACCCCCAAGGUGUCGAAGGGCGAAAAAUAUACCGAGAGUAAAGAAUGCUGCGAAGACGGGCGCAGAACGAAUCCGAGCGUACAGGGAGCGGAUAAAGGCUCAGAGUUCUGGAUAUAACGAGGGCGUGGCAUCGCAGCAACACUCAGAAGAAAAUAGACAUGAUGGUCUUGAAAAUCGAUCCUCGCUUCUGUACAAGGCCCUCAAAGGACAAAUCAGCGUCGAUGGAAAGACGGCAGACAACAAUAGACAAUUUGUCAUUCAAGUGGAGUCUGUGGCCGGGAACUUGUAUCUUGCGCUGUCCGCUACUUGAAUGGACCGCUUGCUGGAAUACGCGUUAUAUGUGUAACUGUAGGGCGCGCGGAAUUACUGCUAUCUAUUUAUCUAAUUCUUUGCGAAUUUGGGUUACAAAGAAAGAAAAUACAUUUAUUCAUGUUAAGUGUUACAAACAGUACAUGUUAUAUUAAUAUAGUAACAAUGUCUGCAUCGGCGUCCAUAGAGGUACAGUGUAUGCAGAUGAUAUAAAAUGAAGGAAAUCUCUAGUACAAGUUAUAGAAACUUAAGGAUAGGUGUUGUAAGAGUUAUUAAAAGCCUAUCCGUAAGUAUUUAUUAAUCGUACUGGAGUUUUUGUCCAUUUUAUAUCAUCUGCAUACCCCGUGCAUGCCCUCUAUGCACGCCACUGUUUGCAGUCUCUGUUUAUUCUUCACUAGCUUCUGCCCGUCACUUCGUCUGCGUGGACUACAUAAUUGGCUCCAAAAGGAAAUGAAAAAGUUAUAAA